AUGACAGGCUUUUCAGUAGAGGAACUAAUGGAGGCGAAUGAGGAAGAUUGUUAUAAAAGAAAGUUCAGCAAAACGACUCUUAGAGACCCAGAUGAAAUUCUGCAAAAUAUUGAUCCAUUUACUCCUUGCCUCAAUGAUAGAAGGCAUAUUGAAAGUAUUCCACUAUCAGAGCUAGAGAAAGAAAGCAAAGAAGAAGCAUGCGAAUCCUAUGAAGUAAAGGAGCUACCUGCUUAUCUGCAUGAUUUUUUCUCACUAAAGUCGGAAAUUAUAAAGUUCCUUAUCCAGCUUUCUGUAAAGGAAGGAGAAGUGAAGGGCUCUGGUAUCUCUCAGAAGCAUCCUGCUUUCACGUUAGCGGACUUUAAAAAUUUGCACGUGCUUGCCGACCAAAGUUCGUGGAUUUCGCAAUAUUGUACAGAACUCAUCGACCGCAGAAUGGGAUAUAAGCAGAAACGUGUUAGAGUUUGUUUUCCAAAGAAGGAUUUUUUGGCAAAUUACAAAAAUAUAGUAAGAUGCCUAAGAAUGUGCAAUGAGGAAACAGAAAUAAAUAUUUUGACAAAAGCCUUAAAGAAUAAAAUUAAAGAUAUGGAUGAAGCAAGUGCAGCAUAUUUGGCCAUAAAGCUCUAUGCUCUAAUGGAAAACAAAGUGGAGGGCAAAUCUGCGCCAAUAGUAUACUUGGCUGCUUCAUCAGGGAAAAAAUGCGAUGAUCUUCGUAAAAUUACUCUUCCCAUCCAAUCUAGUUCAGAAUACCAGCUGCAUUUAAUGGAUUUGACUGAAAAAAAUUACAUGAAUAUUGAUUCAAGCAGAAGUACACUUCAAACGAUGACUUCAAAUUCUCAAGAAAAGGGAAGCCAUACAAAUUUUGAUAAUGUAUAUAAAGAUGAGAAUAUUGAAAUACCUACCAUAUCAGAGCUGGUAGACUGCUCGGGAAUUGAAAAAUAUUUAAAGUAUGUGCUUAAUUCAUGGACAAGAAGGGGAAAUGGUGGUAAUUUUGCAGAACUUCCAAGAAUAUGUCCAGAAUUAUUAAGUUUUAUUCCACCAAAUCUUAACCACUUUGAAACAGAAUGCUCAAAGACAAACUAUCGAUAUGGUGGGAGCACGGAUACCAGGGUUCCGAACUACAUCAAGAGG